GCGUCCCCGCCUGGGCGGCCUCACGCGCGCUGAGGGCCUGGAGCCUCCGUCUGUCCGGGCGCGACCUCAAGGGUUCCCGCGUCCCCUUCGUGACCCCCGCAACCCAGGGCGCUCUUUGCAUCUCGUCUCGCCCACAGCUGGGUCCAAGGGCCCGGCUAGGUCCAAGGGCCCGAACGCGACCUUGGACCAGCCUACCACCCGCGUUGCCCCGGCUUCGGCCACGGGGCACGCCCCGAGCCAGAGGAGCUGGAGCCGGGGGUGGAGGGUGGGGGUUGGGGAACUGAGGCAAAAACCGCACUUUAGCUCCGCCCCUAUCCCUGGAGGCCGCGCCUCAGCCGUGGCUGCAAACUUUAGAUUCUCUUAAGUUACGGAGGUGUGUGAGACCCCGUGAGGUCAUGGCUGAAAAGAAAGGAGCUGGGUAAAUAAGCGAGGCGCGAGUGAGCAGGGCUGGAAGCGCAGAGUGGGAGUCGGCGCACCUCAGUCCCGCGCAGGCCUGGGUCUUUCCGCCGCUCACUGGCACCGAAGUUUAAGGGCCCGGCCCACUGCCGCGGCGCAAGUGAGCAGCUUCAGGAAGCCUCGCCGGCUCGGGUCAGAGACGACCACCCCUGGUCUCUGACCCGAGGAGAAACCGAUGUCAGCGACAGGGGCUGUUUCAAAGCCAGUUACAGAGGCUGGAACCCUCCAGGAAGAGGACUCUCCAAGAACAGGGGCAUAAGCACAGCCCCAGUGAAGAGUUGACAUUAUGAGGCCGAGUUUGGCUUCUGAUUUCCGUAAGCGGUAGGAGGACGAGCACUGGAGUACUUGGAGCAUUUGGUCCCUGCGGCGCUGGAUGCCAUGAGUUGCUAAAAGUGAGCCUGGCUUUUCAGCUGUCUUGGGGGCACAGUGUCGGGGGCACAGAGCCAUGUCUGACCUGCUUCUCCUAGGCCUGAUUGUGGGCCUGACUCUGCUGCUGCUGCUGACACUGCUGGCCUUUGCUGGGUACUCAGGGCUGCUGUCUGGGGUGGUGGUGAGUGCCGGCUCACCCCCCAUCCGCAAUGUCACUGUGGCCUACAAGUUCCACGUGGGGCCCUACAGCGAGACUGGGAGGCUUUUCACCGAGAGCUGCAGUGUCUCCCCCAAGCUCCGCUCCAUCGCCGUCUACUACGACAACCCCCACAUGGUACCCCCUGAGAAGUGCCGCUGUGCAGUGGGCAGCAUUCUGAGUGAAGGUGAGGAGUCACCCUCCUCUGAGCUCAUCCAGCUCUACCAGAAAUUUGGCUUCAAGGUGUUCUCCUUCCCGGCACCCAGCCAUGUGGUGACGGCCACCUUCCCCUAUACCUCCACCCUGUCCAUCUGGCUGGCUACCCGCCGUGUCCAUCCUGCCCUGGAUGCCUACAUCAAGGGGCGGAAGCUGUGUGCCCACCCUCGGCUAGAGAUCUACCAGCAAGACCAGAUCUAUUUCAUGUGCCCGCUGGCACGGCAGGGAGACUUCUACGUGCCUGAGGUGAAGGAGACAGAGCGGAAAAGCCGAGGGCCCGCAGAGGCCACUGACGCCCAGAUGGAUGGCACAGGAGCUGAUACGAUGAGUGACACGAGUUCUGUAAGCCUGGAGGUUGGUCCUGGCAGCCGGGAGACUUCAGCUGCCACACUGUCCCCUGGGGUGAGCAGCCGUGGCUGGGACGAUGGUGACACCCGCAGUGAGCACAGCUAUAGCGAGUCGGGCGCCAGUGGCUCAUCCUUUGAGGAGCUGGACCUGGAAGGCGAGGGACCCCUGGGAGAGCCAAGGCUGAGCCCUGAGGCUGAACCCCUAGGGGCUGCCAAGUGGCCCCGGGAACCUAGUACCCCCGAGAAGGGUGAGGAGUAACCCUAGGCUCAUACCCUCCUGGGGUGCAAUCGCUAAGGAACUGAGCAGACUCUCCAGCCCUCUUCCUCCUUCACCUCUCAGGCCCAGGCUGGGGCCUGGGGCCUCAGGGGGACCUGAUUUCCACUGCCCUGGGCUCUAGCUAAGCCUUCUUACCACACUUUUGGCUCCCAGGGCCAAAGGAGCCAGGGACUGUAAUCUGCACCCAGAGCCCGGGGCUACUGCCCCUCUGACAUCUUUUUUCAGAUUCACAUUGGAGCUUCCAGAACCAGAAUAAAGCAUAUAAUUUUCUUGUUUCACCUGGA